UUGUCAUAUUUACGCUGUUGGGGACAUCGCGCGUUCCAAAUUCGAAUCUCUUUUCCGGACGGUGUCGAACGUAUUAUCGUUAAUAUUUGGUGGAUUGUUUUGUGGUUUCCCGUGAAAAUGUUUUGACUCGGGCCUCCCAAAGGGUCGUGCGAAACAAGAUGGAGAGUUUGAAGAUUUUGCUGGGAAUAGUACUUUGCGUAGCUUCAGUCAGAGAAAUUCUCGGAGUCCAAAGGUUCGAGCAACAGCCGACCUACACGGAGGUGAACCCGGGCCAGGACGCCAUCUUGGCAUGCAAGGUCCACAACAAGAGAGGCUCGUGCUCGUGGCAAAAGGACAAUAAGCCAAUGGGAAUGUAUCCGCACAAAUACGAGUGGGCGUCUCAGAAUCAGCAAAAUGGCGACUGUUCAAUAUGGAUCAGAUCGGCCCAGCUCGAGUUCGACGACGGCAGCUGGGAAUGUCAAGUAACCGCCAGCGAUUUUCACACACAGGACGCCCUCACGAGCCACCCUGUGCGAUUAGUCGUACGAGUCCCCCCUCAGAGACCACGGAUAGAAUUCAACGGAACUCAGAUACUGCCGGGCCACAAUCUCACCACACUUCACGGCGAAGUGGCGAUCAUAAAGUGCGUUUCCCAUUAUGGCAAUCCGCCUCCGAUCCUGAAAUGGUUUCUGGACCAGCACGAGAUAACUCCGAAGCGUCAGACAAACACUACCGAGUUGGACAACCCGAGAACUUGGUUGGCAGUUUCAGUUUUGGAACAAACGAUAUCUAAAGACAAUCACGGAAGUAUGCUACGAUGCGUCGCAGUGCACGAAUCAUAUUCGACGAAGUCGAGCAGCAUCGAAGUCAGACUGGACGUGAUGUUCGUCCCCGAGACGCGACUGGUUGGUAUCCCGACUUCAGACAUAGAAGACUUAAAGGACACGGUCGCCAUUCGUUGCGUGGUCAGCGCGAACCCGAAGGCUUCAGUAGUGUGGCGUAGAGAAGGUCAGACGCAGCCUGCCAGUUUGCAGGAACUACUCCAAUUCAGUCCAGCGAUAAGGCAGCACUCGGGAUUGUACACGUGCCAUGCCAGGAACAAGGCGGGCGACUCUCAACCAGUUCGGGUCCAAGUGGACGUAAAAUAUCCGCCGAAGGUAGUAAGCGUAGGUAGAGAACGCGUGAAGACGGCAACCCUGUUCUCCCCUACCACUUUCGAGUGCCUGGGCGAAGGUAACCCGCCGCCUACUUACCAGUGGAUUUUAAAGAAAACGACGCCUGCGCCUGACGUCAUCAUCGGACGCGAAGCUAAGCUCCACAUUAACAACAUCACCUACGAGUAUCAGGGCGAAUGGAGGUGUAAAGUAACCAACAUUAUCAAAGGGGAGGAGAGGAGCGAAAUCAGCGAGCCUAUCAUCCUGCAAGUGCACGGCGCUCCCCAAGUGUUGAGACAGUUAGUAACGCCAGAAGUACUCGUGGAGAGCGGACACCCCGUGGAUAUGAGCAUGGUCGUGUGCGCAGAUCCUCGACCGAGAACCGUCGCUUGGGAGUGGGGAUCGCUGAGACUCGAGGCUGGAUCUGAAAUGGGGAAGUACAAAGUCGAUGACGUCUCUCAAGAAGAUAGGGAAGACUGUUACAUCACCACCCUUCAUAUAAGAGAGGCGUCGGCUACUGAUUCUAGAGCGUACUACUUAGUCGUCGAGAACGAUAGAGGUACAGAUAGGCAUGCCGUGCAAUUGUAUGUGAAAGGUAAGGAUGAACCGCUGCAGAUGGGUACCUUGGUGAGCGUCGCCGGGGCCUUGCUCGUUGUGUUUCUAAUUCUGAUAUGUUCCUGCAUAUACGCGAUACGUACCGAGAAGUGUUGUUUUUCAAGAAAGGGAGAUUUCAAACCAUCGGACAUCGAUGGUCAAAAGGUGGACAUCGAAAAAUCCGCCCAUAACCACCACGUGGCGAACAGCCAACCCCCUCAAACGGCCCUAGGUCCGGGCGGUAUACCGGCCGAUGCCAUUUACACGACCGGUCCGAGGGGCGCCGGACAUCCCGACGCCAUGAAGACCACCACCCCAGUACUGAGCACUUUCUCAAACCACCUCACUUGAUUUUAAUAAUAAAGCGUCGAGAUCGUCAGAGUCGGAUAUCUGCUGCAGCCGAAUAGGGUUAGACCGUAGUAGCAGCAGCGGGAAAAUGUCGUCACAUAGUUUUCGAUUAGCAAUAUUUUUUCUGUUCUGGAAACGCCUAUUGUAACGAUGUUAUGUAUAGAGCUGUGGCCGAACUUUGUACGCUCCUUUGGCUGCAAACGCGUGUGGUUUCGCGGCGAGUAAUAAAAUUGGAGCAAGUUUUCAAAUAGUCGGGGUGUUGGACUUAAAAAAAAGAUUAAAAACAAAACAAGUCUCCCAUAUUUAAAAAGACUUGGUUUCAUAAAACUAUAAAGGUCCCAAGAAAUUCGCAAAUCGAGGACAUCAAAAUUAUUAUUCUCCAAAUGUUACACAUUUUUCGCCACACGACAUCAUCAGAUUUUAAAAACAAAGCUAAAUGGGAUCCAACAAAUGCUUUGCAGAAUCCUGCGGUUAAUCAAUAACAUGAGAUAUUUAUUUACCGUUUUACCAUAAAAUUCUAGAUUUUUAGAAAGUUCGCAUUUGCUGACCAUGUCAUACAUUUUUCUUCCAACUCUCCCUGUUCCCAUUUACAAAGAAAUUAGCAUUCGAUCGGACAAAUUGCUUUCAGUAACGAUAAUCCAAUUCGUUCGAUUGAUAAAUUGUUGAUUUUACUUCCCAGACAAUAUUUCUAUUUCUUUCAAAACUACAAAUUUAUUUACCGCGUUUAAAACAAACAAAACGCCGAAGCCAUUUCCAAUGAUAGUUAAGGUAUAUUUUACUAAAGCAUGGGUAUAUUUAUUGAACUGUAAAAAAUUAUACUUUGGUUUAUACCUGAGAGGAAUAUUUUAAUCAGAAUUCCUAAGACCAAAUCUGCCUGCCGUACUUCUUUGUUAUCCACUGGUCAUAAGUUUUCCAAUAAUAAAUAUGUGAACAUUUUACAUUAGUGCCCUUGUAGAUUUGUUAUGAGUUUUUAUAUUUCUAUUACAACUUUUUUUAGGGUGCGCAUUUGAGUUGACGUCUUUGUCACUUCUUAUGUAGAUGAUGCCCGUGUGGUCGAAUCACGUGAACGUUUUGAGUUUUCGGAUUUUAACUUGUGAGUAUAGUUUGCGAUUGAUUCUCUACCAUACACCGCAUUGAAGUUAAUGCGGAAUUGCGUAAACUUUUCACUUCGGUUAUGAAUGUUUACUGUUUGCGAUUUUAUUCUCUAGUUUAUCCGCAUUGCGAUCGAAGUCAUUUUGAAGUUUUCAUAUAAAACGGACAUUUUUCAUCAUGGCCAAACUCAAUCAUACCAAAAAGGUUGUUGUGCUUCUAAAGUCGAGGUACAAGUGAAUUAGUUUCCCAGUCAUGUAAAUAUUCUGAUUAAAAUUAAAAUUAAAUUAAAUUAAAUUAAAAUCUACAUUCCAUAAUCCUCUCGAUAUACGGGGGACAUAUAUAAAGUUUAGAAUCCUGGGUCCAGAAAACAUUAAGAUUUAUCCCAAAUCGUUUAGGUUCUAUAUAACUCCUUGCUCAUUUACAGGGUGUUUUAUUUAAAAAUUUAAAACUUAUUAAAAGUUAGUUUUAUACGCCCUACUAGAUUCUAGCUACUACCAGAAGCAUACGACAGGGGCAAGUGGUUGGUUGACCUUAAGAAUUUUUUUGAUUCUCCAAUACUGUAUAUGUAAAUAACAUACUCUUUCUUUGUAGGGAUAAAAUCGUGAUUAUCUGAGAAGCCUAAUGGUAAACAUAAAUUACUGUUUCGAUUUGUGAGUUUUUCGCCAUAAGAUGGCUUCCAUUACAUAUUUAACCAUAAUCCUUGUUAACAAAAAUGCGUAAUGUUGUUUAUUGAAAUUUCUUCCAAAAAAUAGAUGUGUUCAACAUUUAUAAACCGAUGUGGAAAGAACCAUUUUGUUUCAAACUUAAUGAAAUAGCAAUUUUAACAACACGGAAAUAUGAAAAAAAUGUUAUUUGAACUAAAUCUUAAUAUGACAUAUAUUUUGUGCAGUUUGGCACACUGCACUGCAAAAGAAUCUAGUGCUGCUGAAUUCUUGACUUCUUGUACAACUUUCCUUUGUUGAAUGCUGUGCUAUGUAUACAAACUCAAUAUUUUAUUUUUAACUUUAUACCUUAUACCAUACAUUUGUAUAUUCAUCUUUAUGUGAACGCCUCGACAUCCGGCGCCUAGACGUUUCUGUUUGACACACGUAUAAAACAAAAAGAACCGGUUUUCAGCCAAAGUCAGCACUCGAAACCGCUUCGCACCAAAACUAACACCCCGUGCCUAAACUAACGUCAGCUGUAAAUAUAUAUAGCAUCGUCCCCCUACCACACACACACUCAACGGUAGAAGUAGUGUAGACGAAAACCUCUUCGGAUACGAUUACCGCAGCUUUGGUCGUUAUUCGAUGCCACAAUCGCUGGCAUCGGAUACGAAUAAGUCGGAUGGGUAC